ACUUGUUAGUUAGUAAUAUCUUAUUAUUCAAUAUGUCAAAGACGUUGUUGAUAUUCGUUGCGCUUUGCUUCAUUUUCAAAGCUUCAACAAUUACUCCUCGUCACUUUUCUAUUCACAGUCAAAACAGAACAACUCCAAUUUACAGUUUUGUGCCUAUUUCUGGAACGAACCUAACAUUUGACAUUAGAGCCAAGGAUGAGGCCAGGCUGGCUUUAACUACAGGACCCGCACUCGUUGGACCAUAUUAUGAAAUCAUCAUCAGCGGAAGAGACAAAUUAAUGAAUCAAGUUAUUAAAGAUUAUCCUGGAAAUGUAGUCGCUUCUAGAAUUAGGACGCAUGUCAUUGAACACGAAUUCAGAUCGUUCACUUUAUUCUGGAAUAACAGCAGAAUCGCUUUACAUGGAGCUCAAGCAGGAGAUGAAUACAUGGUUGUAUCCUAUAGAAGAUCUGGGGAUACUGCAUUCAACUAUAUUGGAUUUUCUUCAGGAAACAGCAGUGAAGCUACCUUCGUAUUUGAAGAUUAUGGACACCAAAUAGGAUAUUAAAUAAAUGUAUUCGAUUUAA